CUUCACCAGCCAACAUUUUCAAGGCAUUUUUAAUGGCCACAAUUUUCCACUAAGUGGUGAGUCAAGUUGGUGGAAACUUUUACCAAUUGAGCCCCGCCAGACUUCUGUCAGGCUUCGUGGACUGCCAUUUUGAUCAGAGGACUUUUCGAGUUCUCGUUUACGAUCAGAAAUUAUGGCGUCCCGUACACUUGUUCAAGCCAAUUGCUUCAAGGCCAUCUCCUCGAGCGUACGAGCCAUUCCUCACACUCACACAUCCUCAAGAUGGGGCUCAAGUAGAAGUUCUACUUCGGCCAUUGCCUACAAAGCUCUUCGCCGCCGUCAAGCUCCUCUCCCUACCAAUGACAUACCGUCAUCGUGGUCUGCGCAAGCAGCCGUCUCUAAUAUUCUCUACGAAACCCCGACACCCUCGAUGGCCCCACCGAAACGUCAUGUUCUCAACUGCUUAGUGCAGAACGAGCCUGGUGUCUUGUCCCGAGUUUCUGGUAUUCUAGCAGCGCGCGGUUUCAACAUCGACUCUCUGGUUGUGUGCAGUACCGAGGUUGAGGACCUCUCCCGCAUGACAAUUGUUCUUACCGGGCAAGACGGCGUGGUUGAGCAGGCGCGACGGCAAUUAGAGGAUCUAGUACCCGUCUGGGCUGUCUUAGACUACACAAACGCCGCUCUAGUCCAAAGAGAAUUGCUGCUUGCCAAGGUUAACAUCUUGGGGCCGGAAUACUUCGAGGAGUUGUUAGCGCAUCACCGCGAAAUUACAGCCGAGUCUGACCAAGCAGAGGCGGGUGACAGGACCCUGGAAGAUAUCUCUGAAGACUUCCAUCCCAGCAGAAUGGUGGCUAGUCAGGCCCUGCGACUUAAGCAUGAGCAUCUCAGAUCCAUAACUUACUUUGCUCACCAGUUUGGAGGCAAGGUGUUGGAUAUCAGCACAAGCAGCUGCAUUGUUGAAGUGUCUGCCAAGCCAGUCAGGAUUGAUUCAUUCCUAAAACUAAUUGCACCAUUCGGAAUUCUAGAAUCGUCACGGACAGGUCUCAUGGCAUUGCCUCGAUCGCCUCUAUAUGGCCCAGACGAGGAUAGCAUUGUUAAAGAGGCAGACGAGAUCGUAGAUGCCAGCCAGUUACCUCCUGGAUAACCUAGAAGUCUGGCGGGGAUUAGGCGUUGGUGGUCAGAAAACAUUUGCACUGGCUUACUUUGAUAUUAUUACUUCGUAGAAAAGAUCAUACAAGUGCGAACU